UUGUCUUUGGUCAUUGUUAUUGAGUGUGAUGGUGAUUUUAAUUCCUUGUUAAAUAAAUUUAUUUUUUGUAUCCUUGUAAUAUAAAUACAUGCAAGUAAUUGACUUCGGAAAGAAAUCAAAAUGAAGUUGUCGCUUAUAUUGCUUAGGCGAAACCGAUUGCCUAAUGGACAUAUAUUCAGAGGAAAAGAUCGUUUAGUAAAAAAAGUUGAACCCCACCACCUUCGUCGUUUACAACAAGAUUUUGCCAUUGAAGAACAAAAUAUGUUUUAUUUGAGGUUCCCUUAUCUGACAGAGGCUGAAAGCGCGGGACAUGUAAAAGCAUUAGGAAAAGUAGAAGAGAGAAAGCAGGCAUAUCGUGAGAAAAAUCUAAAAUUUUUCAAAGAAGAUGUUACACUUUAUGAAAGGUUGAAACAUCUCCGUGUUAACGAGGGUUGGGAUUAAGCAAGGAUAAUGUUCUUUUUAACUUAUUGAUAACGUAGAAUUACUAUAGAUAUAUUGUCUUUGAAAAUACAAUACAAAAUAGUGAACUUGCAGCUUUUACUGUCCUCAUAUCAUAUAUUUCACCUUCCUAAACAAUGUGUUAAUACAAUAUUGGUUCCAGUGAUGUACUCCGAAUAAAAUCCAAAGUGAUAUAACAACAUUUA